AUGAAUUUCUAUCCUAUCUUAUGUAUUUUACUUGUAGCUUUGGUUUCCAAUACCAUUGCUGAUAACACUGCCAUUGGUAUUUGGAAUCAAGAUGCUUCCACUGUUGCUGUUGGUAUCACUGAUUUCGAUCAAAAAACAAACAGUCCACAAGCAACCCUUGUUGGAUUCCAAAACGUUUUGUCUGCUGGAAAUCAAUACUCUACCUACAACUAUAAGACUGGUAUGAUGAAUUUUGUUGUUUCUUCAAUUGAUGCUGCUGAUAAUGGAAUUAUGUUUUUGAAAUCCUUCAGUACAAAUACAUGGACUUUUGGAACCUAUACCUCAAAUAUUACCUCUAAUAUCGAAUUAUAUUCGGUUGUCAGUGCCCAAACCAAUGCUGAUGAUGAUUUGUUCCUUAUUUUCGGUGCACCAGGAGCAAAUGGAAUGACCGUUACCAAAUUCAAUGCAGAUACCUCUACUUACACCAUUGUCGAUAGCAUUGCCAGUUACAAUUUUUCAUCGUCUGCCUUUGAUAUCUCCAAUAACAUUUUACUUAUUAUCAUGACCGAUUCCAAUGGAAAUAUGAUUGUCAAUACCUACGAUCCACUCGGUAAUAAGAUCUCGUCAAAGCCAUACACCAUCUCCAAUAUGAACAGCAGUUACAAAUCAACCAAUCGUCCAUACAACUUGCAAUAUAUGCCACAAUUGGGAGGUCUCUAUGUCAACUUGAACAUCUAUCAAUUCUCAUGGAACCAAAGUCCACAAAUGUUCUCAGUCAACGAACAAGCUCAAGUCUUUAGACUCGCUCCAUUGAUUUCGAAUUCUCUUAACGUACAGAAUCUUUAUGAAUUUAGAGGUGUAGGAUAUGCGAUGAUGUUGGCACUGCCUAAAAUCCAGCGAUGGGUUGCCCCAUUGUCAUUCCGGCUCGGAGAAAAUCAUUCGCAAGGCGAGAUCACACAGUCUCAAAGAUUUGAAAAGAGAUCAUAUCGUCAAUAA